AUGAAACCUGUUGCUCUUCUCGGGUUGGUCUCUGUGCCAUCGCUAGCUCUCAACAUCCCGGCACAACAGCUUCUCUUCCCCGACGCCGAUCUCUCCAGCUAUUACAACAAUCUUCUAUCCAAACCUUCUGCUCAGGAAAUAUGCCCUCAAGCGCCAAAGGUGGAAACUCCGAAUGAUGGGUUGCACUCGUCUGAAAUCUUCCUCUCCGACGAGGCUUUCCGCGCUCGCCAGGCCGAUCGUCUCUCACGCGCGGUCCAAAUCCCAACUACCGUGGGCGACUAUAUGAAAGACCCGUAUGACGAUGCAUUCGAGCCUGUGGUGAAGUUCCAAUCGCUAUUGGAGAAAAUGUUUCCUCUGGUACACGACCGCGCAGAGGUUGAGCAUAUUAACCGCCUCGGCUUAGUCUUCACCUUCAAAGGAGCUGACACAACGCGCAAGCCCAUCCUCUUCAUGGCUCAUCAAGAUGUUGUCCCGAUCGACGAUCCUUCAGACUGGACUCACCCGCCAUUUGCAGGUGUUUUCGACGGUGAAUGGAUCUGGGGUCGCGGCGCAAGCGACUGCAAGAACGUGCUGAUUGGACUGAUGUCCGUAGUCGAAGACCUUCUUUCGCAAGACUGGAAACCCAAGCGCACAGUCUUGUUUGCCUUCGGCUUCGACGAGGAAUCGCACGGAUUCCUGGGCGCUGGUUCGAUCUCAGCGGCACUUGAAAAGAAGUAUGGCAAGGAUGCGUUCGACUUCAUUCUUGACGAGGGCGGCAUGGGUCUGCAGACUCUGGGCAAUGAAGCUGAUGCUAACGAUGAUGUCUUGUAUGCCCUCCCCGCUGUCGGCGAGAAGGGUAGUCUCGACCUGAUCCUUGAUAUUGCUGUCCCUGGUGGCCACAGCUCUAUCCCGCCUGCGCACACUGGUAUUGGUAUCAUGGCUCAGAUCUUGUAUGAGCUCGAGCGGAAGGAGCUGUUCCCUGCCUGGUUGGAUACUGACCACCCGGCACACGGCAUGCUCGAGUGCCAGGCUCGUUACUCGCCCGACCACGUUGAGACUUGGCUUGCGGAUAAGUUGGCUGCACAGGAUCCCGCCGCUCUGGGAGAAGCUGUUGCCAGCUCCCGCGGUCCCGCGGUCCGGUAUACCAUGCAAACAUCACAGGCCGCAGAUCUGAUCCAUGGAGGUGUCAAGACAAAUGCUCUACCGGAGAAGAUUCAGGCCGUGGUGAAUUACCGCGUUGCACUUCACCAGACACCCGAUGAGCUUCGCGAGCGCGCUGUGCGACUUAUCACUCCUAUCGCCGAAGAGCACAACCUCACGAUGCGCAUUGCAUUCCCUGGUGUGGAGGAAUCCACGGAGGGAGAUGCAAGUGACCGCACUAUCACUCUCUCCCCUCUCAGUGUUCCCCUUAUCCCAGCUCCAAUCUCACCCACGGACCCUCUCACCUCGAAAGUGUGGGCGCGUUUCUCUGGCGUCGCACGUAGCGUCUUUGAAUCGCACCCGAACCCGCUCUCCAAAUCCGACACCAAGCCUAAAGUCGUUGUUUCCGGUGAUGUUAUGACCGGAAACACAGACACACGCUUCUAUUGGCCUCUGUCGAAGAAUAUUUACCGCUGGAGUCCAGCUCGGGCAGGCGGAACGCUAAACAUUCACACGGUGGAUGAGCGUAUUCGGUUGGAUGUGCAUCUGGAAGGCAUGAUGCUGUAUUACGAUCUGAUUCGGUCCUUUGAUGAUUGGAACGAAAAGUCCGAGUAA